GGAAAUAAAAAUGUGCAGUGACGAUUUUCUACAAAAACGUAGUAAACAAGCAUAAAAUAAUGACAUUUUACGCUUUAAUUGCGUUAUCUGCACAGGAGAAUGGAACAUGAAUCAUUCCAGCUCAAUGCUAGCAAAGCAAAACUUGUGCAAGAUAAUUUAAAAUGGAUUGAAUAUUUGUUUGGAGUUGGUGUUAUUCUAAAAUUAAAAAAUGACAAUGGUGACCCAGAUUUAUAUCAAUGUUCAUUCACCACAGAUCUGCAAGAUGCACAGGAAGUUUUGGUCAAGGCUAAAAAAUACUUUGGCGUUCUUCUAGAUGAGCUGCCCGGUCUUGUGACGAUUACGGACAACUUUGAUCCAGAAAUUGUUUCGACUGUCUUAAACCAUAAAGCGGACAUUGAAUUUAAUCUUGGUUGUAUUGUGUUCACUGGUGAAAGCAAUGACUUUUUAGUUAUAAAGGGGGAUAACUGUGAUGUUAAAGUUGUUGAUCAACUUCUUGACUUGUUGGAGCAAUGGCAUUCUGAUGGAAAAGAUGUAGAUACAUUUCCAGUGCAGGACACUAUUAGACAAAGUAUUGCAGAAGUAAGUCCAGAAAAAGCUGAUUCUGUUUUAUUCUUUAAACAUCCAAAAUCCUUUAAAGCCUGUUCAAACUCAGGAAAACAAAAUGGUAAAACAUCUGAUUCACAAUUCCAAGCUCGUGGUAGUCAACAAUCUUCUAGUCAACAUCAGUCAUUUGAAAAGCUGUCCAUCAAAGAUGCACAUUCUGUUCUGUAUAAAGCUGAUUCUUUCUCUGAAGACGAAGAUGCCUUGAGAGACAUAAGAAGCUCAGUUGAUUAUCAAGUUAAUUUAGAGUUUGCGUUCAAACUUGGUUAUAAUGAGAAGGACCUUAUCCAUGCUUUGAGAGUUCUUGGUCAAAAUGCCAGUCAAAAUGAGCUUUUGGCAGAGCUAAUUAAGAGCAGUCAAAGCACUGAAGGUACUGAAAGACCAGGGUCAAGAGAGGAAAUUGAUUUCGAAGGAGAGAAAUGGCAGGAAGAGGGAGAUAACCAGCUGUCUCAGUUGCACGUGGAUGACGCAGAUACAGGUCCAUUUAGACACAUCAUUAUGGAUGGAAGUAAUGUUGCUAUGAGCCAUGGCAGCAAGGAGGUGUUCUCUUGCCGGGGCAUACAGCUGGCUGUUGACUGGUUCAGGGAGCGGGGACACACUGCAAUCACAGUGUUUGUGCCACAAUGGAGAAAGGAGACAUCUCGAUCAGAUGCCAGAAUUAGAGAUCAGCAAAUUCUCAUGGAAUUAGAAAAGGAGGGAAUUGUUGUAUUCACCCCCUCCCGUAGAAUUGGAGGCAAGAGAGUGGUGUGCUACGAUGAUCGCUACAUUCUUAAACUUGCGGUCGAGACCGAUGGGAUUGUUGUGUCCAAUGACAACUAUCGUGACCUGAUGUCAGAGAAUGAAAAGUUCAAAAAAGUUGUGGAGGAAAGACUUCUGAUGUAUUCAUUUGUGAAUGACAGAUUUAUGCCCCCUGAUGAUCCCCUUGGAAGAAAUGGACCCACCCUAGACAACUUCCUGUUACGAGCCCCUGCUAGUCCAGAACCCCUGCCCCCUCUCUGCCCCUACGGCAGCAAGAAAUGUACAUACGGCAACAAGUGCAAAUAUUAUCAUCCGGAGCGACGCACCCAACCACAUAAACUUAUUUCAGAAAAGCUUGCUGAGCAAGCUAAACUACGCAUGCAUGAUCUGCAUAAGAAGGAGGCACUGUCUCAACAAUCAUCAGAUCAUAAAAAGCUCUCUGCAAAAAUGUCACUCCAUCGAACCCGAUCAUCAACACCUGAAGAAAAUCCACCAUCUAAAUCCUCACUUUCAUUCACAUUUGGAGAGCCUUUAAAGAAGUCUACCAAAUCAGAUGAAAAAUUUCUCGAAUACAAUCAAAAGCUUACUGAAAGUCGAUUAAAAAUGGAGCAAGAAAGGCUAUCAAAUGAAAAAGGCUCAAAUUUGCCAUCGCCAAGAACGCCUGAGAAAAGAGACCAACGAAGUCUUGGGUCUACUGAAAACUUGGAUCGAUCUAGUCCAAGGUUUAUAGAACCACGAUUGCAUGGUAUGGUUUCACCACGCGAGUCCUCACCGGUAAAUCUGGCAAUUCCAAGUCAGUACGAUAUAUCGACAGAAAGCGGGAAUCAAAAGUUUCUCAGUGGUCAUUUGUUGCUUGCGAAAAAACUGUCAGAUGAAGCAAAUGAGAAUGAUAAAAUGAAAAAGAAGGGUAAAACGAGAAUUGAGGAUGGGACCAAUGUUAUGUCUCCACUAGUUUACAGUCCAACAAAACCCAUGGGAGAAAAUAUUUCAGAAAGACAGUCAUCAAUAGAGAAAAAAAAAUUGUCGCGUCAGUAUUCCCUUCAGACUGCAGUGGAUCCCAGAAUUGCACAGCGACAUACUAGUCUGCAUCAGCAACUGUCUUAUGAUCCAAGAAGGCUUGAAGCUGGCAUGCAACAGUCUGAAUUCCAUGGAUAUCCAUAUCCACACCAAGAGUUUCAGUAUUCGAACGUUGGUACGGGCAUGAAUAAUUUCGGAGCCAUAGAGAGACCAAAGCAGAAGCUAUCCAGAGAUACUUUUUAUGGUCAUACACCUCUUGCUAAAAUGCAGAGUGCCCCUGAUCCCUACCUGAGGUCACACCAAUCAGUCAAACCAACCCCAAGAAUGAUGAGGCAAAAUAGCUCCUCUGAUACACAGCUAAACAAAAUCCUAAGUACCCACAAACAUGAUAAUCCCAUUGCUGAAAGUUUCGUUCCGCGGGGACCCAAUGAUAUUUCCACAAUGGUUAUGCAGGGCACCACAGGGUCUGUAAAGUUUCAGAUAGGUGGUGGGCCUCAAUUUCCCCAGGUCCCUCCUGGGCCAUACCAUAGUCCCAUGCUUUCUCCUGCCCAAGGGCAUGAUUACAGAUUUCAGCCACCAUUUUCACCAGAAUUUCAUCACCAAGGUCCACCGUACUAUCCACAUACAACAUUACAAGUUCAGACUUCACACCCACAAAAUCCUCCACAAUCUCAGUCUGGUUUUCAUUCUCCACAGCAAACUCAUUAUGUAAACCAGUCCAGUUUUUGGGAUUCUGGUUCCCAGCCCAACAUUGCAGGCUACCAUUCCACACAGCAACAAAUCAGUCCGGGAACUGUCUGGCCUCAAACUAGUUCCCAUUCCUCACCACAAUUAAAUGUAAUGGCUGCGCCAAACCAGUCUAGUAUUGGUACCCCAUAUCCAAUAGAUGCCCCUAUUUUACGAAAUGAUUACAGGUUUAAGCUUUAUUGUGACCUCUGUCGCUUGUUCCCUGAAGAAAAAGUGCGAGCUGCAAUGAAUCAGCACCCUGAGGCAAACACUGCUAAUGAUGUUUGCGCUUAUUUAAUUGGUGCCAAAUGAAAAUCGGAAGAUAGUUGUGCUGGCGCGAAACUGUGGUCUGUUUUGGCUGGUCCAUAAAUGAAAUAGAGUGUUGAAUAAACAAUUACAAGGACAUAUUGAAAACCUGGAUUGUUUUUUGACAGUAGACAUUGUUUCACUUGAUCACUAUGAGCAAGAUUAAUAGAUUUUUGUAAUCUUUGAUUUUUUUUCAAUCAUUGUAGUUUUCUGUAACAUCAUGUCACUAUAAACUUAUAUUACAUUUGCAACGCUGUAUACAAAGGGUAAAUAACUAUGUAUGUCAUGUUAUUGCUGUUUUUCAUAGACAAAAUGUUGAGGAAUUGUCUUUGCGUUGUGGUUGUUGGUGGUUGCCUCAUUGUUUGAUAAUGUUAAGUCUGGAACUGUUCAAAAUAUUGAAAUGAAACCCAAUAAGUAUGUUGCAAGAGACAAAAAUGCACAUGAAUUGUAAGGACCAUAACUCUGAUAUUAAAUAUUGUUGUUUUAUGACACAGCGUUUGAGUUUGCUGCGCCGCACUCCUGCUAAUGUUUGAAUUGCUUUAUUUAUGGUUACAGUGUUGCAGCAUUCAUGCACAUCGACUCUUUCUGUAAAAAAAUAAGACUAGAUUUGUUCAGUAGCAUUAUACCAUAAACUCUUUUUGUAAAAAGUUUAGAAUAGAUUUUCCAGGAGCUUUAUAUCGUAAACUCAUUUUGUAGAAAGAAUAGACUAGAUUUGUCUGGGAGCUUUAUUCAGAGACAAUUAACCUAUUUUAACUGGAGAAUAAAAAAAAAGUUAAAUGAAUUAAAAAAAAAUGUAUUGAUUAUACAUGUUUACAAAAAGCAUACUUUUAAAAUAUAUGUUUGGUGAUGGCUUUAUAUUUUAUGAAACUACAUUGUAUGUGGAUUUUGCAUUGUUAUCCAAUUGUCACUCUGCACAAUGCUAUUUUAAAACUUGUUUGUUUAAACUGUAAGAAGUUACUUCAACCGUGACCACCUAAAAACACCUUAUGGAACACGAUAAAAUAUCUUACAUUUUUUCAUACAAAUCAGUUUUCAGUCUGUUAUGAAUCCAGCUUUUGUGUCAGCAUUAUUUCGGAUCAACGAUGCUCAAAUAUAAUUUCAGUUCAACUCUGUGUUCGUAUACUGUAUAAUUUAAAGUUGCACAGUUUUUGACAUAUUUGUAUUUUUUAACUGUUUGUAAAACAUCAGACUUUUUGCAUAGUAGACGCAUUAGAAUUCUCAAUUGCAAAGUAAGGUUAUAAUAUCAUUUAUCCUCCAUUCCUUAUAAAGAUUCAUGAUCAUUUGUUCAAUUACCUGUGAUGUCGUCAGUGAAAAUGUCCCCUGUGGAGGAAAAAGUGACCUUUUAAUUUUUGCUGUACAUGUAAUGGACCAGAAUAAAUGAUGUCAUUAAUAGUUAUUUUUCAUAUUUUUUAAAAGAAUCUUUUAUUAAAAUUGUACACAUUAUUUUUAAGAUUUUUUUGUAAUACCAUCUCUUUGUAAAACUUUGUUUUUGUUAUUAACGCUGCACUCUCACAGAUUGACCAUUUUGACAACUUCUUUUUAUUUUUUUGUCUUGAAAUGAACCAAUUAUUUUUGCGUAAAUAUCUGGAACCAGUGAUAUGAUACUGGUGACUAAAUAUCGGAUUGAAGCUUUUAACAUUAACGUUCGAAAAUAGAAGUUUUAUGGAGAAAAAUGAGUUUUUCAGCAUAAAAAAUCGAAUUUUGAACGUAAAUAUGAAAAACUGCGAUCUGAGCUUUAAUGUGGAAACCUUUACAGUUCUCAUAUUUACUAACGACCUCACAUGCAUAUACAAAUUAAUAAUUGUUCUUUUACAUUCUGAAUGCUUCAAUGUAACUUGCUCAUUAAGGACGUCUUGUACUACCGGUAGAUUUACAAAUCCAGCCUAACCAAUAUUGCGCACAUUUACGACAUGUACAAACGCUACAAUUGUAUUGGAUCUUAUUUUAUCAUGUUUCUUGUUUGCAUGGUUCAAGUAUCUUGUUUCUAUGGCAACAGUAUUGUUGUUUUUCUCCAUCACUAGUGAAGUGAUAGUAUAGUUUGUACCUCAAUUAUUUUGAGGCUUUAAGUUUAACUAACAACUCAAACACAACUACAUGUAACUAACUAUAUGAACAUUACAUUGUCUGAAAAUGUUGUUUCGUACAUUCUGGCCUGUGUGUUUUUCGAACGAAAACAUCAUUGUGUUCUAGUAAGCUUGAUGUUGGCCACGUUGUUAUUGUAAUUGUAGCGGGGACUCCUGUAUACAACAAUUGCUAUGCGUGUGGUAAAAUUUAUCUAGCCAGCUGAAUGUUGGUCACUCUGCAUACAGUAUGUAUGGUUCCCUUGUUGUAAACUGUAGUAGCUAAGAAGUGAUAUGUGAGGGUGAAACAAUCCCCUCCCCUCUCCCACCCUCAAACCCCCCUCCCCCUUCCCCUGUUUGAAAGAAACUUCCAAUUUAACCCAAAUCCUGCAUAACAAAUAACAUUAAAUGACUUUGAGAGUCUCCAUAUUGAAAAGUUAAAAUUUUGAGUCGAGACCUGGGUACUCCUUUAAAAUCCCUACCCCCAAAUGAAAAAAGUUGAUUACACACCCAGAUUAGUAUUGUCCUAUUUAUGAUUAAAAAUAUUCCUUCAAUACGAAAUUUAGCAAUUUUGUUUUCUGAAAUGAAGAAUUAAACUUGGUUAUAAUCUCUGCUCUUAAUCAGUUACAAUAAAUAAUCUAUUUUAGCAAUUAUGUUUUCUGAAAUGAACAAUAAACUAGGCGAUAAUCUCUGCACUUAAUAAGUUAUAAUAAUUAAUGUAUUUUAGAAAUUAUGUUUUCUAAAAUUACCAAUAAACUAGGCUAUAAUAUCUGCAAUUAAUCCCUUAUAUUAAACAAUGUAUUUUUGGAAAGGUUGUUUAAUAUGUAAUAAAUGGUAUCUCUUUUCAUCUCAGAGUGAUUGUUUAAAUUUUGUUUCCAUGACAAUUAAAAUACUGAAAAAUUGUUGUACAGUACAAAUUGUUGAUUCUAGAAAUUCCACAUGCUGGAAGACGCAAAGUUCAAAUUGUUUUCAAUCUGCUUUUUAAUUGUUUUGUAGCUCUAAAUAAACAUUGUGAAUUCAUUUUAAUAUUAUACAGAUUAUUAUGUCAUUUGCUUUAGUUUGGUAAUUUCUCAAUGUUUUCAUCUUUUACUGAUGUUCGCAUAAUUAUUGUCUUUGCUAGACAUUUCCAUUAUGAUAAAAAAAAAACAUUUUUCGACCAUAGAGCCAUAGUAAACCUACUGUGGUUCAAUGUACCUCUCCGCCAUAGAGCAGUUACAUGUGUGUUAGUCUACAAGUUGAUGUUAAUGUGAUAUACAUUUGCAACAUGAUAAGAAAUAUCAAACUGUUUGUGCAGAUAACAGGCUACUAAUUGAUAAACAUUUGUAUUAUUAUAAGAAACAGCAAGCUGUUCGCGCAAAUAUCAGGCUACUAAAUGAUAUACAUUUGCAUUAUUGUAAGAAAUAGCAAACUGUUUGUGCAGAUAUCAGGCUAUACUAAUUAUUAAUAUACAUUUGUAUUAUUAUAAGAAAUAACAAACUGUUUGCACAAAAUAUCAGGCUACAUAUAAAAUAUAUUGCUCAAGGACCAGCAUUACAUGCAACUACACUCAUUCUCUUUCAUUCUGAUCAUUGUUAAAACGUUUAAGGCCUAAAAUACUGUGAACAACACCUGUAUAACUUCACAUUUUUGGUACUGAAAGAAAAUCUUUAAGUAACAUAAAAUGUACCCUGACUUAUUUUCGAAAUGACUACCAGGUUAAAGAUAUAUAUUGAUUGUAAACUGCUAUAUUCUUGAAGGAUUAAAGAUUUAGAUGUAAACUUGACACAUAACAAGGUUUUCAGCACAAGUCAGGUUAUAAGAAUGAGGAUGUCGUUUGGCGGGCAGGCAGGGGUGGAGCUUUGGUUUCCUUCAAAAGCUUCAGUUACGAUUGAUGGAUAGUGAUGAAACUUGGUGUGUAGGCAGCCUGGGGAUUGCUUUUGAGGGGGUCGGGUCAAGGUUAUGAAACUUAGUAUGAAUGUUGCAGUGAAACUAAUCACAUAAGAUAGAGUCAUUUUCAGUUAUGUCUCUUUUUCAUCAAAGUAAAGGGAAAAGGUUUCUACUCUUUUCUAACUCGUACAUGUAAUUAAUUUUUUGUAAUUUCUUCAUGAAGCGCUUCUAGUUAUAAUGUUAUAUUACAACUCAAAUCGCAAUGGAUGUUCAUACUUGUAUGCAUUUUUGCAUUUUGGCAGUUAGAUGAGAAAAGAAAAAUGAUGUUUAUUUAUCCUAUCUAAUUGGGCGGUUAAUUUGGUUAAUUUAUGAAUGUCACUUUAUAAUUGGUGCUGUUUAUAUCUUCAUUUAUACAAGCAUCUGCAAUUAAUCACUGUUAAAUUAUGAUUACAAUGAUGUUAAACGAAACAAUAAAUUAUCUUGUAAAAAAUUAUGAAUGUUUUUUCUAUGUAUAUCUGUUGUUAAUUGUGAUUUAUUGAAUAAAAUGUUGUCUCAAA